CUCCCGAGAGCAGAGCGAAGCCGAUGUCUGUUAACCAGCUGAUCGUCCACCCAGACGGAGAGGGAGAGGGGAGGGGAGCAGAGAGAGAAAGAGAGAGAGAGAGAGGGGUGACUACUGAUGCUCCAGUAAUCUGCACUGUGUGAGUCAGUGCUGUGGAGAGCAAAGCAGCAACAGAAACAGCAGCAGCAGCAGCAGCAGCAGCAGCGUGAGACACGUUUCCCUUUCACGAGCGUCAACAGCGCAGAAGAGCAGGAUGGGAAAGCUCAGCGACUAAGCUAGAGGAGGAAGUGAGCAAGCCUUAUAGAAAGCAAGGGAGGCAGAAGCUGUCGCUGGGAGGGAGAGAGACAAGAAGACGGAUCGACAGCUUCUUUUUCGGAGUCUCCUCUUCACAGUUGGAAGAAGGAUUGUGGAAGAUCACUCACCCUGAUUGACAGCAGUGAUAAUCGAAACUAAUCGAGGAGGAGGAGGAAGUUUACUGUUACAUUUCGAAGGUGGCAGCAGGUUUGAGUCUUGACGUGGUGCAGGGAUGUCCUGGUUGUCACCGGUCCAGUGGGCCAAAUGGACUUGGUCAGCAGUGACUGGGGGUGUGGGGGACGAGGGACAACCCAGAUCCAAGGAUGACGGAGCGGACAAUUCAGACUCAGAGGGAAACUUUGAGACCCCAGAGGCAGAGUCUCCAUGUGUUGUGAAUCUGCUGAGCCAGCUGGAAAACUCCAACCACACAGUUCUUCCUGAUGUUGCAAACCACUUUCUGGACAAGAACUUGAAUCAGGAUGUGGGUCCAGUUUCAUCCCAAGAGGUUGAUUCCCUGAACAACCUCACCAGCUCUUCACCUAAUGACAGCAGCUUUGGUUUGGACCAAAACCUGAACCUGACCCUCAGCAACAAACCCAGAACUGGCCCUCUCUCCCAACCUCAAGCCCUCCGGCCCCCAUCGCUGUCCGUGGUUUCCCCACUAAACAAACCCGAUCCUUCGGAGGUGGACGACGAGGCUCCGGUGACGUCUGACUCCAGCCCAGAUUCAAACUUGAUCCCUGGUCAUGAUAUUUGCAUGGAUCCUGACUUGCUUAAUGGCAACAUGAACUCUGACACAGUGCUGUCAAACGCAAAACUAACCUCAGAGACCAACAACGCGAUUAUCACGAACACCUGUAAGGUGAAGCCGAACCAGCCAAUGCAAAAGGACUUCAGUGGAGACCACGCCACAGAUGAGGAGAAGUUGGCGAGCAGCGUCGGUGUCAAACCCGACAAGGACGAAAGCAUUCCAGACUGCCAAGUGACAUCAAAACCUGAGGACUCAGACUGCUGCACUGUGCAGUAUGAGGACCCAUGCAAGCUGAAGAACAAGUCGGGGGGAAGUGAAAUGGAGAAAACAGGAAGUCAAGUCCUGGAUUCCAUCUGCAUCAGCGAGGCGGAGAAACAGGCCAUACUCGCCCUCAUUAGAGAGGAGAUCCUCACCAAAGAGGUGGAAGCCAACGACUGGAAGAAACAGUACGAGAGCAGCAGACAAGAAGUUGAUGAGAUGAGGAAGAUUGUUGCAGAAUAUGAGAAGACAAUCGCUCAGAUGAUCGAGGACGAGCAGCGCAACAACCUGAGUUCCCAGAAGGCUUUGCACGCUCUGACAAAGGAGAAGGAAGCCGCCCUGGCAGAUCUGAACUCUGUGGAGCGCUCCCUGUCAGACGUGUUUCGCCGUUAUGAAAAUUUGAAGAGCACCCUGGAGGGAUUUAAGAAAAAUGAAGAGGUGCUGAAGAAAUGUGCUCAGGAGUAUCUGGCCAGAGUCAAGCAGGAGGAGCAGAGAUAUCAGACACUUAAACUUCAUGCUGAGGAGAAACUUGACAAGGCCAACGAGGAGAUCGCUCAGGUUCGCACAAAGGCCAGUUCAGAGAGCAUGGCGCUCACCGCCAGUCUGAGGAAGGAGCAGAUGAAGAAUGACUCUCUGGAACAAGCUCUGCAUCAGAAGAACCAAGAGAUCGAGGAACUCACAAAGAUCUGUGAUGAGCUGAUUGCCAAAAUGGGGAAAAUAGACUGAGAGACAACUCCCUGUGAAUCAGACACUACCGUCCCCCAGGUCCUGCCAAACAGUGACGCCCUGUGCAUGCCCCCAGCCAAGAAGCAGCUCUCACACCCUUUGCCAGCCUUGCAUCACAGAGAUUGCUUAUGUACAGAUGUCUAAAGUAACUUCCAGUAUACUAUAAUUGCACUACUUGUGAGCAGAAUCAAGAAGAGUCAGUACAUGCUAAUUCUUGUUUGAGUUGGGACUCUGUUACGUGUCUUUUUGCCCGCUACGAGGCCAUCAUGCCAGCGAACAACACCAACCUGCUUGUGACUCAACUUCAUUUAUUUCAGCAGCUUAACAGCUAAAUUCCCAGCAACUCCUCCAACAGGAUGACAUCAUGCAGGCUGGGGUUGUUACAUGUAGGCAUACAGUUUAUUUCAGUGGGUUAGACGAGGAUUGUUUUAUAUGAAAGCAACAAUCCAUUAAAUGUAUUUUUCUAUAAAGUAAAUAAUAAUUUAACUCUGACAGAGCAAAGUUCAGGGGUGUGUUGUGGGGCAGAAUGAGGUCAGCGGUAAAUCGAGCUGCACAAGAAAGGAUUUAGUCUGAGGAAAGGCGUUGGUUCGUUUGGACAUGACACUGAAAUCACAUUGAGUCUGGACCACAUGUCACUAAAACUAAAGCUGCAAAUAAUUCAAGCAUUUGCUUUACUUGGUUUACACUACGAAACAAAGAAAUAUAAUCACCUGACAAUCGUAGACUUUCCUGUGAUUCUAUAAACUUUGUGGCAUUAUCUUGUCCACCGAGUCAAUAAAGUGUGAGAGGUACGUUAACUAUACUGUGUUAAGAGUCCUGGACAACUGGAACAAGUUAAAACAUAGUGAACUCUAUAUUUUCGUUGUAGAUAGAAAUCUAUUAUAAGAUUAGUAAAUGCUGCAAUAUGUCAUAAUCAUUUUUAACCAUCACUGUGUCACAGAUUGAGUGUCCGGUAAUCACAUUUAUCUCCUACACGAAGGAAACUGGCAUCUUUGUAAGAGGUUUUGUCUGUUGCUCAUGUGUGAUGACGAUGCGAGUAUAUACAGCACUGCACUAGUUAUUCUAAAGAUAAAUCUGUUUCUUUGCAUGUUUAUUUUCGUAGCUUCAUAAAUUCUCAAAAUGCAGUAAACAGUAAAACUAGCCGUGUCCAGCACAGUGUUUUAGCAGAGACUUAACAGCUCAGAACUUGAACUGGUUAUGAUUUCAAGCAAGAAAACGUUUCAAUAUUUGCCAUUUUCUAUGGGAAAAAAAUGUUUGUUGAAGGCUCCACACAAACUAUUUGUCUCAUUAUAAUACAUGUAUAAACAUCAUAUGUCAAUACUUGGUCAAAGAAACUCAAACAAGACUAAAAAUAUGUUUUUUUAGUAUCUUACUCAGUUCUAUGAAAUGUUACUGUACCACUAUGUAAACCUCUUUAUGACACAAAACCCACUGACGUGCCACAGUUUAUAUUUGUGCCAUUUUAAUGUGCUGACCUGUAAUGUUGUUUUGCUGCUUUAGAUCCUUUCUUUAAUUAUUGUUUUUGUACAUUGGAAUUGGUGAUCUGACAUUUGUGUCGACACAUUGAGGACUAAGUGUGAACUGGAGUGUACAUUAGCCUGAAUAAACAUAAAUAUAAUUUGUUCUACUA